AGGGGUCCUUACCCUCAAUGUUGCAUUUGGAAGUGGCCAACCUUAUGUUACUCUCUCAGUUCGGUUUCUGCUUGUCAAAAUGGCUUCAUCUUUCAAUGUUGUUAUUGGCCAACCUACAUUAACGGAGAUCCAAGUAAUGGUCUUUCAAUCUCAUCUCUGCAUGAAGUUCCCUACCCCCAUGGGGAUAGCAACACUAAAAGGCAAUCAGGGAAUAGCUAGGCAUUGUUAUAUUACCUUGGUUAGAAGGCCUCUAAAACAAGAAGAUCAGACGUCGAAGAAUGCCCCACAAGAAGCUUGUCCUAAAGACUACUACCCGAUGCCAAAUAUUGACAAACUAGUUAAGGCAACUUUUGGAAAUGAGAGGUUGAGUCUCUUGGAUGCAUAUUCUGGUUAUCACCAAGUCCCGAUGGCUCCCGGGGAUAAGGAGAAGUCCUCAUUUUAUGUAGGAGAUGAAAUAUAUUGCUACGUCAUGAUGCCCUUUAGCUUAAAGAAUGAGAGUGCCACUUAUCAGAAAAUGGUAACCAUCAUGUUCCAAGCUCAGAUUGGCAAAAACUUGGAAGUUUAUGUUGAUGACUUCAUGGUGAAGAGUCAGAAAGCUAAGGACUAUUUAGCUGAACUGGAUGAGACAUUUAUUCAGGGACUUAAAAGAGGAAAAAUUCUGGAUAAGGAUCGGCUGGCAUUUUUUUCUUCUUUCUUCUUCCUCACCCGCGCAUCUGCUCUUCUUUUCUUCCCCCUGCAGCCGAACAAGAACCAUGCUGCCGGCAGCCCUCCCUUGAAGGAAAAUGGGUAAAAGCUUGGUAUUUUUCCCUUCUUUUCUUGUUCUAGAACAGAUUUAGAACCCAGAAAUUUCCCCCACCCCUCUUCAGAAUCCCAGAUCUGCUCUGCUUUGUCUUCACCGUCUGCUGCUCUUGGUGUGGGUGGCGAAAUUUCCAGUUUUUUUUGUAGAGUUCUUGAUUUUUCUCCCCAAUUCCCGCCGGCUCCUCCCCAAACUGCAGCUCCGGUUUUGCUUGCUGGAUUUUUGGAAGCGAAACCGAGGACGGGGAAACCACAGGAAGUGACGAGUUAGAAGGCUAACCAUUUUGAGAUUGACAUAGAUUUUAGAAAUAAAUCAUGCUUUGUAAGAUAGAUUUUACCUUGAAUUUAUGAGAUCAAAACAGAUUUCGAUCAUUAGAUCAAUUACUUGGAUUUAAGUCAUUUUGGUUAUAGAAAUAAAUUGAGGGGUUUGAU